AUGUCCUGGCUGUCGGCUGUGUCCCCAGUCCCCUGUGUCAUUCCACUGCUGUUCCAAGGUCAUCCAGUGCCCCCAGACUCUCCCAGUGCCCUUGGGCCCCUCAUACCUGCAGGGUCUCCGGGCACCAUGUGUCCCUGCAGCUUGGGCACCUGGGUGCAUGCUCAAGGUGACACCUACCAGGUGGUGGCCGACGUCAGCCAGUUUGAACCUCCUGACAUCGUGGUGACCACCUCCAACUGCCAUGUUGCCAUUCAGGCUGAGAAGGUGGCCGAGGAUGGCACCGUCUGUGACACCUUCACCCACAAGUGCCAGCUGCCCGAGGACAUGGACCCGCUGUCGGUGAGCUGUGCCCUGACAGAGACCGGCACACUGGUCAUCACUGCCCGGCGCCGCCCCGGUGCCCCUCCCGGCGAGCCCCCGCAGCCACGGUACCGCAGCGAGGCCACCUUGUGA